GGGAGAUGGAGGAAGAUUUGUUAGCGCUAUAGAAUAUUACUAAUGGAAGUAUUUUGUAAAGAAUUUAUUGAAAAUACAUCAGCGACUCGAAAAAUAAUGUUUUCCUCUACUAUUUAUCAAGAUUUAUUUAAGUAUUUGAAGAAUGAAGGUUUUCGGGAGUCCAACAGUCGAGUUCCAUUACGUUGUCGAUAUCAUUCGGCUUAUCUUCGAUACGAGUAGCGUACUUACAAUGUCACUGUAUGCGCUGACAAGGAAUGACUAAGGCGGGCGACAAGACUACAUUCGCCGAGAAACAUUCAGUCUUUUGUAUUCCUUCGAAUUUGUGUCACUCUGGCCGGCAGCACGUACACUCGCAAAGGUACCUUUGAAUAAUAUUACUCAACCAAAGAAGUCACUGCAAUUCACUCGUCGAAAAUCCAUAAAGAUCAACGCGCGAGUCGGCCCAAGAGAUUAAUUCGAAUAGAAGAAUCCUCCUUCGAGGAACUCCUUUCGCCAGUAAUGGAAUCGUUAGCUCGAAGCAUGUUUCGAAGCACACGGGGAAUUUCUAAAGGAAAACUUUUGAAUCCCGUCUAUCAGAACGAGAAGAAUUGUCGUACGAUCACGUCUCAAGAGGUAUUCGAACGAGAAUCGAAGUACGGUGCUCACAAUUAUCACCCUCUCCCUGUUGCGGUAUGCAGAGCCGAAGGUGUCUUCAUGUGGGACGUCGAGGGCAAACGGUACUUCGACUUUUUGAGCGCUUACUCCGCCGUUAAUCAAGGCCACUGUCACCCGAGAAUUUACAAGACCCUGGUCGAACAGGCGAAACUCUUAACUUUGACCUCGAGGGCCUUCUACUCUGACGCGUUGGGCGAGUUGGAGGAAUACAUCACGAAACUCUUCGGGUACGAGAAAUGGUUGCCAAUGAAUACAGGAGUCGAAGGCGGUGAAACCGCGUGCAAAGUGUCGCGCAGAUGGGGUUACACGUGUAAAGGUAUACCAGAGAAUCAGGCGAAAAUCAUUUUCGCGGAAGGCAACUUUUGGGGGAGGACGCUGAGCGCCGUGUCCUCGAGCACAGACCCCACCAGUUACAAAGGCUUUGGCCCAUUUAUGCCUGGAUUCGAGGUGAUCCCGUACGACGAUCUCGAGGCACUUCAGCGAACCUUGGCCGAUCCCAACGUCUGCGCGUUUAUGGUAGAACCUAUACAAGGCGAGGCUGGCGUUGUAGUACCAAAGGAUGGAUACCUAAAAGGAGUAAGAGAUAUCUGUACGAAAAACAACGUCUUGUGGAUAGCGGACGAAGUGCAAACCGGUUUAGCCAGGACGGGAAAACGAUUAGCCGUAGACCACGAGAACGUCAAGCCAGACAUCUUGAUUCUCGGGAAAGCUCUCUCGGGUGGCUUCUACCCGGUGUCUGGUAUACUAGCCAACGAUUCUGUAAUGCUGACCAUUAAGCCUGGCGAACACGGUUCGACUUACGGAGGUAAUCCACUGGGAAGCAAAGUCGCCAUCGAGGCUCUUCGUGUGUUGGAGGAGGAGAAGCUGGCGGAGAACGCCGAAAAGAUGGGCCAGAUUUUCAGAACCGAACUUAGGAAACUUCCGAAGGACGUGGUCACUCUGGUCAGAGGAAAGGGACUCCUCAACGCUAUAGUCAUCAACGAGAAGAUCGACGCCAUGGAUAUCUGUUUGAAGCUGAAGGAUGCUGGUCUGCUCGCGAAACCAACGCAUCAGCAUAUAAUCAGAUUAGCUCCACCGCUGGUCAUCAACGAACAACAAAUACGAGAAUGCGUCGAUAUUAUUUCUAAAACCAUUGUCCAAUACGCUAAGUAAUGUUUAAAGAACUUCAUCUUUACGCCAACUCCAUAAUUUUGUAACUUAUAUAAGAUCUUGUAAAUAAACUGUCAUUCUAAAUA